UGAGUGGUUGCGUCGGGGGGUCUGUUGGAGGAUGCCACCCCAGUGGCCCGACAACGUCGCGUCUAAUGGAAAGGCGCAAAUGUCAUCUCCCCAAGUUUCUGCCCGACAUCCCCCAUCACUCCCCACUGAGACGUCCAAACAAACACCACACCAACACACACCAGUCGACAAGAUGUCCGCCCUCUGUCCCCACAUCACAUCCACCACCCUCGCAACCCCCUCCUCCGAAGUCUUCAAAGAAGAAUGCACCCUCUGUUUCGACACCCAGGACAUGGAAGCAGGCGUGGACGUGUGCCUGACGUGUUUCAAUGGCGGAUGCGCGGGCGAGCGGAACCAUGCGAAACUGCAUUUCGAGAAGACGGGACAUGCGGUUGUGCUUAAUGUUCGACGGGUGCCGAAGACGAAGGAUUUGGGCGACGAACGACCGAAGAAGAUGACCAAGCUCGAGAUCGUGGAAGAGAAUGAAGAUGACAUGUUUGAAGUUUUGACGGUGCCGAAGUGUCUUAAGUGCGGGGGGGUGGAGAUUGAGCGGAGUGUCGGGAAGUUGCCGGCGGUGAUCGACUCGGUGGUGACAGCCAUGUCCGCCAAACGCCAGUCGGAAGUCAAGGCGUGGCAGGAGGAGAUCGUGGCGUGUCGGCAUACGGAGGGGCUUGUGCAGGAUGCGGGACGGAAGUUGGAGGCUAGCAACCUGGCCCACUGCACCUCCUGCCCGCUUCCCACAAACCUCUGGCUCUGCCUCACCUGCGGCAACCUCGGCUGCGGCCGGCAGCAGGUCGGCGGGUUGGGUGGGAACUCGCAUGGGUUGGCGCAUCAUGAUGCUACGAGACAUCCUGUGGCGGUUAAACUGGGGACGAUUACGCCGGAGGGGGGUGCUGAUGUGUUUUGUUAUGAGUGCGGGGAAGACCGUCUUGACGCAAAACUCGCCGCGCAUCUGGCCACUUGGGGGAUCAAUGUUGCGGAACAGCAGAAGACGGAGAAGAGUUUGGGUGAAUUGCAACUGGAACAAAAUAUGAAGUUUGAUUUCAGUAUGACCACCCAGGACGGGAAGUCGCUGGAUCCGCUGUUUGGACCGGGGUUUACUGGGUUGAAGAAUUUGGGGAAUAGUUGUUACAUGGCCUCGGUUAUGCAGACAGUGUUUGCGUUGAAGCCGUUCGAAGAUCGCUACACAACCGAAAUGCAAUCCCACGUCCUCACCUGCACCGACCGCCCAGCGCACUGCUUCCACUGCCAGAUGGCGAAACUGGCCGACGGUCUCCUGAGCGGGCGGUACUCGCGACCGCAACAGGAGACGGUGGAUGCGGAGGGGGAAAAGAAGGCGCAGAAUGGGAUUGCGCCGGGGAUGUUUAAGAAUUUGGUCGGGAAGGGGCAUGUGGAAUUCUCUACCAUGCGGCAGCAGGACGCCCAAGAAUUCUUCCAACACCUCCUAACGCUGACCGAACAAAAACACCGCACCCUCCCCGGCGCCGACCCGUCCAAAAUCUUCCAAUUCGGAAUCGAACAGCGGCUCCAGUGCCUCGAGUGCCACCAGGUGCGGUAUAAAACCGAGAAGAGCUCGUCGCUGACUUUGAGGGUUCCUACCGGGGACCACGGGGCGGGUGGGGAGAAGGAGGGAGAAGGAGGAGAGAAGGGAGUGGAGUUUGAAGCCUGCCUUGCGACUUUCUUUGGAGAUGAUGUGAGGGAGUAUAAGUGUCCGCAUGAUAAGGCGGAUGUUUCGGCUACGUUCACAACACGGUUCAGCACCUUCCCGGACGUGCUGGUCUGCACCAUGAGCCGGUUUGUGCUUGGCAAGGGGUGGGUCAUGGAGAAACUCAACGUACCCAUCAACGCACCCUUGGGGUUGGAUCUGGAACGGUUGCGUGGACAUGGGCUGCAGAGUGAUGAGGUGGAAUUGCCAGAGGAUACCCAAGCACCAACCCCCGCAGCCCCGCAAGUCGACCCAGAAGCCCUCGCCCAGCUGGUCGCGAUGGGGUUCCCGGAAGUGAGAUGCAUCAAGGCGUUGGUGAAGACGGGAAACGCGGGCGCGGAGGUUGCUAUGGGAUGGUUGUUUGAGCAUAUGGAGGAUGCUGACAUCGACGACCCCAUCACGGCCCCGUCGGCGUCCGGCCCAUCGGAAGCAGAUAUCCGCCAGUUGGUGGAUAUGGGGUUCUCGGCCGCGCAGGCCAAGCGCGCGUUGAAGGAGACCAGCGGAAACCUCGAACGAGCAGUCGACUACCUCUUCUCGCACGCCGACUCGAUGGACAUCGACGACGACGCCACUACCACCGCCACCACCGACACAACCACAACCGCACCCGACACCCGCCCCGCACGCUACCGCCUCACCGCCUUCAUCUCGCACCGCGGCACAUCGACCCACUGCGGACACUACGUCGCGCACAUUCGCCGGCGGACCCCGGAGGGGGAGGAGUGGGCGCUGUUCAACGAUAACCACGUCGUGAGCGUGCCUGAGCGGGACGUGCAAAAGGCCGUGGGGGAGGCGUAUAUCUAUGUCUAUGAACGGGUUUAGAUGUGACAUAUGUGCGAGCGGUGUAUGUGUGUGUGUGUGUGUGUG